UGUCACCCUUCGUGUACUGUGUAGUCAGCAGCAACCUCGUGGUGUUGUGGAAAUUUGUGUGUGAUAUUCUCCAGGUUAUGUUCGUAACAACUAAAUACCUGAGUUGUUAGUGCUUGUUUUUGGCCUGACCGUUAAAAUCGCUACGUGUAUCUUCAUAAAAGAAACGGCUGAGUGUGUGACGUGCUGUCAGGAGCAGUUUGUCUACGAAGUAAUCUCCUCAUAUACUUCGUGGCUAACGAGAAAAGGCGGACAGUGAAAUUCAAAGGUUGUCCAUACUGUAGAACUGAAGCGAUGGACCAGGAGCCAACUAAGUGGAUAAAAAAAGACGAAACUGAUGAAGUACAAACUGAGUUACACUUCAUAGGCCAAGAUUAUCCAUUCAGCAUGAAUGUAAAAGAAGAGUUGGAGGAGGGUGUGAAUAAAGAGUUUCUUGAAGACCCAUUAAAGGCUGGCGACCCUAGUGUUUGCGUAAAGCAAGACCCCGAACUGAAACACCAUGCUGCUGGAUCUGAGCAUAAUUCUGUUGAAGAUCCAUUGGGAAUAUCGUUGUCCACUGAUUUUAUCAAGGAGGAUCCUAAAUUAAAUAUAACUGAGAAUACUGUGGAAACCUCAAUAAGAUGUGCAUCUGAUAGUGCAAGAUUUACUCAGACUACUGGUGGGAGGUGCAGCAUAUCAUGUGAAGAACCCUGUCACCAUAGACUGGUCCAGGAUGAGUUGGUGAUAGACAUGGAGAAGUCAACACAUGGGUUCAGUACCAAUACAGAAGAUAUGACUGUUGAUAAGGAAUGCUCAGUUGCCACCCAAUAUGACUGUAGUACGAGGGAAAAGGAAUUACAUGUAUAUAGUUGUAAUUUUUGCCAACAGAGCUUUUCUUCAAAAUACAGACUCAUAAUGCAUGUGUUUAUGCACAUUGGUGGAACGCAACCACCUUCGUAUGUUUGUAAGUGGUGUGGUGAGGUAUUUAACAGUAAUGUUGGCUUGAAGAAGCAUAUGAGAAUGAGUGAGAAUUGUCGAGUUUUAACUGCAGACAGUCAUGAAAAAUAUGGACAUAGUGAUGAGCAUCAAACCACUACCUCGUUGGAUAGCGAGGCAGAAGUUUCUGUCACAGAACACAAUGACCAGUCUUCAUGUAAGGAAACUUGGAGAGAUUCAAACAAGCCCUCUAAUGACAUAUGUAACACACACAUGACAAAUGAUAGAGAGAAAACAAGUAAUUAUGGAACUUUGUCUAUAGCUGUUAAUGUCAGUGCCCAGGCUGAUCUACUUACUGCAAACAGAACUCACAGAUGUGGUAUUUGUGGCAAAUUGUUUGCUAGGUCUGUUGAUUUCAACAGACAUGUUUCCAUUCAUACUGGGAAAAGACUUCACAAAUGUGAUAUUUGUGAGAAAUGGUUUGCCCAGUCACGUUAUCUAAAGGCUCACACAUUAAUUCACACUAGGAAGAAACCUUACAUGUGCGAGAUUUGUGGGAAAUCUUUUACUAUGAUAAAAGACUUCAAGAAACACUCAUUAUUUCACACUGGAAAGGAACCUCACAAAUGUGAGAUUUGUGGGAAAUCUUUUGCUGCGUCAGGCUCUCUCAAGAAACAUUCAUUAAUUCACACUGGAAAUAAACCUUACAAAUGUGAGAUUUGUGGGAAAUAUUUUACUAUAUUAGGCAAUCUUAACAAACAUUUAUUAAUUCACACUGGAAAGAAACCUCACAAAUGUGAGAUUUGUGGGAAAUCUUUUACUAAGUUAGAUAAUCUCAAGCGACAUGCAUUAAUUCACACUGGAAAGAAACCUCACAAAUGUGAGAUAUGUGGGAAAUCUUUUGCUGCGUCAGGCUCUCUCAAGAAACAUUCUAUAAUUCACACUGGAAAUAUACCUCAUAAAUGUGAGAUUUGUGGGAAAUCUUUUACUAAGUUAGGUAAUCUCAAGCGACACUCAUUAAUUCACACUGGAAAGAAACAUCACAAAUGUGAGAUUUGUGACAAAUGGUUUGCCCAGUCACGUUAUCUAAAGGCUCACACAUUAAUUCACACUGUGAAGAAACCUUACAUGUGCGAGAUUUGUGGGAAAUCUUUUACUAUGAUAAGUGACUUCAAGAAACACACAUUAAUUCACACUGGAAAGGAACCUCACAAAUGUGAGAUUUGUGGGAAAUCUUUUGCUGUGUCAGGCUCUCUCAAGAAACAUUCAUUAAUUCACACUGGAAAUAAACCUCACAAAUGUGAGAUUUGUGGGAAAUCUUUUACUAAGUUAGGUAAUCUCAAGCAACAUGCAUUAAUUCACACUGGAAAGAAACCUCACAAAUGUGAUAUUUGUGGGAAAUCUUUUACUAGGUUAGGUGUUCUCAAGCAACACUCAUUAAUUCACACUGGAAAGAAACCUCACAAAUGUGAGAUUUGUGGGAAAUCUUUUGCUGCGUCAUGCUCUCUCAAGAAACAUUCAUUAAUUUACACUGGAAAGAAACCUUACAAAUGUGAGAUUUGUGGGAAAUAUUUUACUAUAUUAGGCAAUCUUAACAAACAUUUAUUAAUUCACACUGGAAAGAAACCUCACAAAUGUGAGAUGUGUGGGAAAUCUUUUACUAUGUUAGGUGAUCUCAAGAAACAUGUAUUAAUUCACACUGGAAAGAAACCUCACAAAUGUGAGAUCUGUGGGGAAUCUUUUGCUACAUCAGGUGAUCUCAAGACACAUGCAUUUCAACACACUGGAAGUGGACCUCACAAAUGUGGUAUCUGUGACAAAAGUUUCACUUACUUGAAUACUCUCAAGACACAUGCAUUACUUCAUGUCAGAAAGAAAAUGUAAGUAUGUGUUAGUUUAUGCAAAUAGGUUUUCGUGGUUGGUGCCCUCAAGGCCUAUAAAAUAAUGUAUGUACCAGGGGACAAUAAAUUGUACUUUCGGCGAAAUAACUUUAAAAUCUGGUAGAAUUGUGAAAAAACUUGUAAUGAUGUGUACUAUAGAGUGCUAACAGAUGUGACAAAAAAUUCAUAUCUGUAGCUUGAGAUGUCAAGAAAUGGUAUUACCAAAUACUCAAGAAACAUGAAUCAAAUGUGUUUUUGUCAUUAGCACUGCUGCUUUUUCCUAUUGAUCUUGCGACAAGAAGAUUGUGAAUUGUGAUAAAUCCUUACAUUUGUCAGUAACCAUAAGUAUCUUGCAAUAUUCAGUAUAAGGCCAAGGAAAUGUGAUGACUUGCUGCUUAAUAUUCCAAACAAAGUCAUCAUGUAGUACUUGUAACUGUAUUUUAGAAACAGUGACAGUAAAAAUAUAUUCAUGGCACUUGCUUCAUUGAGGCUAGUAAACUCAAUACUGGAGAAACAUGA